AUGCCGGCUGCAUUGAAGUCAUCUCUGGAUGGGAGCAUGACAGAUUCAGGGGAGCUGGAGCUGGCGGCACCUCCCUGUCUCGGAAAAGUGCCCCGCGACCUGCUCCAAAACUUUCCUCACACUAAGCGUGUGGGCAGCUACCUGGUGGGCAAAAUGAUCAACAAGGGCUCGUUCGCCAAAGUUAUGCUGGGGAUGCACAUCAGCACAGGAGAGAAGGUGGCGAUAAAGGUGAUAGAUAAGAAGAAGGCUCGUCAGGAUUCAUACGUUUUAAAAAACAUGAAGCGUGAACCCCGGAUUCACCAGCUGAUCCGCCACCCCAACAUCGUCUUGCUGCUGGAGACGUUGGAGACGGAGAACUGCUACUACAUGGCCAUGGAGCUGUGCGGAGGAGGAGACCUUAUGGACCGAAUCUGUGAACGCAAGCGGCUGGAGGAGAGAGAGGUCCGCAGGUACACCCGCCAGAUACUGUCUGCAGUGGAACACCUGCACCGACACGGGAUAGUUCACAGGGACUUGAAGAUUGAAAACUUCCUUCUGGAUGAGCACAACAACAUUAAGAUAGUUGACUUUGGUCUGAGUAACACCCUGAAGGCAGAUUCUCUCUCUCUGGAGCUUCUGAACACGCAGUGUGGCAGCCCUGCUUACGCCGCUCCUGAACUGCUGGCUCACAGGAAGUACGGCCCUAAAGUGGACGUGUGGUCUGUGGGUGUGAGUAUGUUUGCCAUGUUGACCGGCACUUUACCGUUUACGGUGGAGCCCUUCAACAUCAAGCAACUUCACCUGAAAAUGGUGAAUGGAGAAAUCAGUGUGAUACCAUCGGACAUCAGCAAAGCGGCUGUACAGUUUGUCUUGUCUCUGCUGGAACCAGACCCAGCAAAAAGGCCAACAAUAAAAGCAGCAAUGGAGGAUAAAUGGUUGAAUGAGGGUUAUGCCAAGAGACCCCUCCAUACUGUAACUCAUAAAAACAGGCUGCGUCCUGAGGAUCUAAAUUCAGCUGUGCUAAACUACAUGACUGAAUCUCUAGGUUACGGUCUCUCUGAUGUCAUCCACACUGUCAUCAGUAACAAGCCGUCGGCCAUCUUAGCUUGCUACCAUAUACUGCUGAAAAAACUCAACAGGCAUCAGAAAUCUGUGAGGACCAUGAAGAAAGAAGAGAUUAGCGAAUGGAAUCUUCUGAAUAAGGGCUUGUCGAGAGGGAGAAGCAAUGCAAGUGCUAAGAGUCAGCAACAGUCUCCUCAGAGUGACACAGCCAAUGAGAGGAGCUCAAGGCAGGCCAGUAAGAUCCAGAGCAGCCAAUCACAAGACAGAGAUGCCCAGACUGGCAUGAAAAGACCUGUGGAGAUGAGUAAACCAAAGCAGCCAAGCCUAGUGGACAAAGCAGAUUCCCCCACCUCACUGCCUGUGGACACAGCGAAUGAGAAUGCCAUACUUGUGGAGACACAUGAUGGACUGAUUCCAAAAGUCUCAACGUUUGGUGAAAAGGAGAUGCUUCGUGUCUCACCCCCUAAGUGUUCCUGCAGAGAGGAGAGCUGCACCAAACUCUGUGACUCUGCCCCUUGUGAUGCCACUGUAACCAUAGACACCUCUAGAGACUCCCAGCCAAUCCAACCACAUGAUCUGAGACCGGCUUACUCUGACAAAUAUCAAUCUCUGGACUGUGAAUAUCAGCAUGAUGACAAGUUGGAGAAGUUACAGACGUUCUACUCGGAGAAAGGGGCUUCUCCCAGAACGGGACAGCGCUUUAAGGAUCUAUUACUGGCCAUUGAGGAGAAAACCUACAAUGCUCGCCACCUCAGCGCCAUGGAAACCACAACACAAACCUCUCCCUUACCGCGACUACGACACACUGGGACGCUUAAAGAAUCCGCACCUAGAAAAGUCACUUGGGUAGGCUUGACGCGCCACACAACGGCUGGCACAGGCUCCUCGUCUUUCUUGGUAAAUGGGUCCAAACCGCCACUGUUUCCAUCACAAAGACAACAAGCUCUCGUCAUUAAAAACCUGAGACAUGGAAAGGAGAAGAGGAACGUGGGAACGGGAGGGGGAGGAGGGACAGGCCUCCCCAGUAAUACAGCGAAAAGAAACUCAAUUCAGUUGCGAACGGCUAUACAGCGCCGAGUCACGAACCUCAACCUACCAAUGCUUCCGUCUGCUUUACAAAACAAAUCUGACAAAAAGACAGAAAUACUCAGAAUGGAUUUUGGGUGACAAUUGAGGCUUUCUUAAAAGGAGUAUUCCAGGGUUUAAUACAAAUUAAGCUUGCUCGACAGCAUGUGUGAAUUAAUGUUGAUUAACACAAAACUAAUCAUUUUCAUUCAUCUCUCAUUUUCUUUAAGGCAAGACAGACAAAACUUUAAGAUUUUAGGAUUUUUUUGCUCUUACUUCCGAUAGUGGAAACUGGAAAGAAAACAUCCAACACAUUUACUGGACAUGUUUAAUUUAUAACAGUUCUACUUUUUUGCGCCUAUACAAUACUUGUCUUUAAAGGCCGUUUUCUCUAAAUUCGUUUUUUUUUUCUGAUGCACUGAGCCAGAAAUCUCCACUUCAGGAGCUUCUUAAUUCUGAAGGUUUUUACAGUGAAUCUAUAUAACAUUUUAUUUCUAAAAACUGAUUUAUGGAGUGAUAAAAAAGAGAGAUCCAAAAUCCCCACAGAAUAUCAACAAAAUGAAACAAGAAUGUUGAAUCUGGCUUUAUCCAGUGUGUCUGUUUUGGAAAUGUAUGAAAUCAGAGGAUAUUUAAAUAGAUAACAACUAAUUUCCAUAUUUAAACAGUAAAUUAAGACAAUUGCUCUGUAUUACAAGUUUUCUGAAAUGUUAUGUGAUUAAUCAAUCAAAAGUAUGGUGAUUUCUAACAUUUUUUUCUUCUAUUAAUUCUUACCCUAUAUUCAAUCACUUUCAUUGCAAGUACCUUUCUCUCCAAUUGUUAAUAAUAUUUUUUUUGGGGGGUAACUUUAUGCCACAAUUGCCGACAUUGG